UAACUACGUUAAUUUAUUGUGGUAUCGUUUGAGUUGAUUUUAAUAUGACGGCAUAUCGCAAGAAUUAUUUUUAGUGAUAUUUAUUUUUCGGCAUGGUUCCAGGUGAAAAUACGCAGAUUGUAGCUAUUCAGGGCAUGUGUGCAACUGCGACUGCUGCAGCUGAUGAACCUCGGGCUUUGUGCAUUAUUCGGGAUCUUUCUACCAGUGUAUGGGAUGAUGGAGGAAAAUCAGCAAUAAAUUUACCCGCUUCAACUACUGGUGCUCAGCUGGUACAAGAAGUCAGCAAGAAGUUUGGUUAUCAUCCUGAUACAUUUGAACUAAUACUGCAAAGGAAAUCGGACAAAGCCACUAUUCAUGUGCAUGAACAUGGUGAUCAAACUCUUGAAGAAAUGGGAUUUGACUGUGGGGAGCAUGAAAGAAAUAACUUAAUAAUUGGUGACAAGAAUUCCACGCCUCCUAAGAGAAUAGAAGUUUCGGACUCUCUGAGUGGAAUUACGUUUGACUCAGAGGGUUUUGCAUCCAACAUGGAAAGCAUUAAAGGAAAAUUAACUCUUGAUAGAGGAGAUAGUUCAUGUACCUAUGUUCCUCCACCAGCCCCACCUCCAUAUACUUCAGGAAGUACUGAAUAUUCUUACAGUUAUAGUAAUGCCCUUACAAGACAAGAUACAGGUUUUGUAGGAUUAGUUAAUCAAGCAAUGACAUGCUAUUUAAAUAGUCUUUUACAAACUCUCUUCAUGACACCUGAAUUUAGGAAUGCAUUAUAUAGAUGGGAAUUUGAUGGCAGUGAAGAUGAAGGUUCAAAAAGUAUACCUUUUCAACUUCAAAAGCUUUUUCUUCAACUUCAGACUAGUAAAAAACCUGCUGUUGGAACUACAGAGCUAACCACAAGCUUUGGAUGGGAUAGCAGUGAAGCAUGGCAACAACAUGAUGUGCAAGAGCUCUGCAGGGUUAUGUUUGAUGCAUUGGAACAAAAAUUUAAAAAUACAGAGCAAUCUGAUCUCAUAAGUACAUUGUAUGAAGGGAAGUUGAAGGAUUAUGUGAAAUGCCUUGAGUGUGGAUAUGAAAGUGCAAGAGAAGAUACUUUUCUUGAUGUUCCUUUAGUUGUUCGACCUUUCGGUUCUAGUCAAUCAUAUGGAAGUGUGGGUGAAGCAUUACAGGCAUUUGUUACACCUGAGAUACUUCAAGGCUCAAAUCAGUAUUUUUGUGAACAGUGCAAUAAAAAAUGUGAUGCCCAUAAGGGAUUAAAAUUUAUUAAAUUUCCAUACUUAUUAACUCUUCAGUUAAAACGGUUUGAUUUUGAUCCAAAUACAAUGCAUCGCAUCAAGUUAAAUGACAGGGUUUCCUUUCCAGAAAUUUUAAAUCUUAAUGAAUUUAUCAAAACUGGUGCCAACUUGGAAUUAGUUGAUGAUGGUGACACAACAGAUAGUGGUUCUGCAUUAGAUGAUGAAGGGGCUUGUUUUGCUAGUGGAUGUAAAACUGGUUGUUCACUGUCUCCUGAAGCUUGUAGUGAUAAUGAUCUCCCUGAUGAUGAUGAAGGAAUUGAUGUUAGUCCUCAUGCAUCAUCCAUUGAGAAUAAUCAUGAAUUGUGUACUAAUGAAAGGAAUUUGAAAAAGUGCAUGGAAAAGGGUCCUUAUGUAUAUGAAUUAUUUUCAAUUAUGGUUCAUUCUGGUAGCGCUAAUGGAGGUCAUUAUUAUGCAUACAUCAAGUCAUUUAAAAGAGGUGAAUGGUAUUGCUUCAAUGAUGCCCAAGUUUCCAAGAUUACUUACGAUGAUAUUCAGAAAACUUAUGGUGGUGGUCCAUCUCGAGGAUAUUAUUCUAGUGCCUAUUCAAGUUCUACUAAUGCAUACAUGUUGAUGUACCGCCAGAUUGAUAAGGAGAAAAACACAGAAUGCAUGUGUCCUGAUGAAUUUCCUGAGCAUAUUAAAACCUUGCUGCAGUCAAUGCAAGAACAAGAAGAACAAGAAAGAAUAGCUAGAGAAUUAGAUCGAUCUAUGUGCAAGAUUAAGCUUUUUUGUCAGCAUCCAAAACAUCAUCGAAUGAUUGAGAUGAAGUUAAAAGUUCAUAAAAAUGAUACAUUAGCUGAAGCAACAGAAACUGCUCAUACUAUUCUUGGAUUAGAAGGCCUCGUACCUCUCAACUGUUGCCGACUUGUGAAGUAUGAUGAGUUUUGUGAUUCACUUGAAAGUUCCUUUGAAGCAAGUAGUGAUGAACGAAUGGGAGAUUUGCUUGGAGGUGUUAAAUCAAGCUAUAAAUUUGAUUUGUUGCUUGAAAUAAAGAAGCCUGAGGAAAAAUUCGAAGAAUAUAAACCAGGAGGCACAACAGUCAAAGUUCAUGUCGUUGAUUUGGAAAGAGAAGAAGUUGCCGCUCACCCCUUGACAAUUAGAAGUCAUCCAAACAAUUCCGUUGAUGAACUAAGGUCCCAAAUUGCUGCAGCACUUGGAGUUGAUGGCAUUAUGAGGAUAGUUUUGGAUGCUUUUAGUAAUGAAUUUAAGCUAUUAAAUGUGCCAACAAGAACUUUAAGCAAUGAAGGUUUUCGUAAAAGUAAUAAGGUUUUUGUGGAGUUUAAAGACAGUGCAGAUGCACAAUUGCCUUACAAUGAGUCUAAAUUAUUUCAAGUCUUAGAUUGUUAUGCCCACACAAUUUGCAUAAAUGUGUCACUUCCUAAAGUCGAUGAAGCCAUUUUAAAUCGAUUACGUAUUCAUGAUUGUGAAGCAGAUGAAGAUAAGUAUGAUUCAAGUAGUGAAGAUGGAGAUGAAAAUGUGGAUGCUGAUGCAGUGAAUGCUGAUAAAUCUGCUGACGAUAAUACAAGUUCAAAAACCAAUUCCGUCCUAGAGGGUGAAAGGACUGAAAAUUCAAAGUUUUCUUCAAUAAACCAAUAUCAUUCUAAGAAAAGUCUUACGAGUGUUACUCCAGAUGACUCAUCCCAAGAUUAUGACGAAGGCUUGGGGGACAGUGAGAUUGGUGACUCAUCUUCCACUAAUGGAUAUCAGACCACUCAAGCUGUUCACAGUGAUCAGUCAGAAGACAGCAGUUUGACUGACAGUGAAAGGACGCUUGUUGGUGAUGAGUUAUCACCCAGAAACAAUUCUCCCGACAUAAUGGGGAUUGAAAUUGAGCAGGAUCAGGAACCUGCCAACCACUCCGUGUUUAUAUCAGCUUCAGGAACUCCAAUGAAGUCUUAUGAAUGUGGGUGUGUGUUAAUGAACGUUGAGGAAAAAUGUCCACUGCAUGAGGGUUGGAAACCUAUGACAUCGUGGUCAUAUGAGAGCAACAAAAACUCAAAAAGUGAUGAGAACUGUAAAAAUGUGUGCCCAUCAUCUAAUCAGCCUCCUGUUUCGGAAGUGAUUGUCAAACGGCAUUUUCGGGCAUGGCCAUAUACAGACUUUGUAACUAAGGAAAAAAUGCUAAGGGUUUUUGUUGAUAAAAGAAUAACUUUAGCUGAAGUGAAAAAAGAAUUAGAACCUCAUUUAGGAGUUGGAGCUGAUUGUUUUAAGAUAUACAGGGUUUAUACAAACAAUCAGGAAUUUGAAUGUGUAAAACUGUUUGAAAAUUUAAUGUCAUAUGGGGAUGAUAAUGCUGAUGCAGUGAAUGCUGAUAAAUCUGCUGACGAUAAUACAAGUUCAAAAACCAAUUCCGUCCUAGAGGGUGAAAGGACUGAAAAUUCAAAAUUUUCUUCAAUAAACCAAUAUCAUUCUAAGAAAAGUCUUACGAGUGUUACUCCAGAUGACUCAUCCCAAGAUUAUGAUGAAGGCUUGGGGGACAGUGAGAUUGGUGACUCAUCUUCCACUAAUGGAUAUCAGACCACUCAAGCUGUUCACAGUGAUCAGUCAGAAGACAGCAGUUUGACAGACAGUGAAAGGACGCUUGUUGGUGAUGAGUUAUCACCCAGAAACAAUUCUCCCGACAUAAUGGGGAUUGAAAUUGAGCAGGAUCAGGAACCUGCCAACCACUCCGUGUUUAUAUCAGCUUCAGGUACUCCAAUGAAGUCUUAUGAAUGUGGGUGUGUGUUAAUGAACGUUGAGGAAAAAUGUCCACUGCAUGAGGGUUGGAAACCUAUGACAUCGUGGUCAUAUGAGAGCAACAAAAGCUCAAAAAGUGAUGAGAACUGUAAAAAUGUGUGCCCAUCAUCUAAUCAGCCUCCUGUUUCGGAAGUGAUUGUCAAACGGCAUUUUCGGGCAUGGCCAUAUACAGACUUUGUAACUAAGGAAAAAAUGCUAAGGGUUUUUGUUGAUAAAAGAAUAACUUUAGCUGAAGUGAAAAAAGAAUUAGAACCUCAUUUAGGAGUUGGAGCUGAUUGUUUUAAGAUAUACAGGGUUUAUACAAACAAUCAGGAAUUUGAAUGUGUAAAACUGUUUGAAAAUUUAAUGUCAUAUGGGGAUGAUAGUAGGUUAACAGUCAAACUUGGUAGAGCACUUCGGAAGGGAGAGUACAAAGUGAAAAUUUACCGGUUAUGUGUGAAUGAUCCAGAACCAUUUAAAUACCUCAUUGAUUGGGUGCUAAUAAAAGGCAUGACAAUUCUUAAAGCAAAGAAAGAAAUUCUUCCAGAAAUCAAAGAAAGAUGUGAUUUAGAUGUUCCUUUAAAUAGGUGUCGAUUACGGAAAAAGAACUGGAAAUAUCCUGGAACCAUAUAUUUAGAUUCUCAAAGGAUUGAAAAGGAUAUUCGUGCAGCUACAAAUUGGGAAAUGUUUUUAGAAAUUCUUCCAGAUGCUGAGCCUGUGACAUCUCCUGAUCAGUUGGCCUUGUUCACCAGAAUGUGGCAUCCUGCUACAUAUCAAUUAGACAAAUUUCAAGAAAUUGUUUUAGAUGAUGCAAAAGUGGAAACUCUAAAACACAAGCUAUCUGAAAUCAGUAAUGUUCCAGAGGAAUUCAUAGAAUUUGCAAAGGGAGAAGGCACAUUUCCAUGUGAAGUUUCACUCUUAACUAUUCAUAAAGAGUUGUCUUGGCAGACGCAAGCAUCUUCUUUGAAUACAUGGCCUCUUUGUGUCGGUGAAGAUGGUCAUGUUAUUUUUUACAGGGACAAACGAGAAGAACUGAAAAAUUUGUCAGAAGAAGAAAAGCGAGAAAUAUCAAACAAAGAAAAUGCUAGGUCUAAUAAGAGUCUUAGAAACAAUUAUUCACCCAGAAAGGAAAAAGCUUUAAAAAUAUAUACUCUCGACAGUGCGCCAAACAAUUGUUCAUCCACUACAAAUCGUAGUGAACAGAGUCAGCAUUCUGCAUCAAGUACAGCAACAGUAUCUCUCUUUGAUCCUGAUUUGGACUGAAAAAGUGAAUAUUAAGAUUACAUGAAGAAAUUACUCUUAUUGGCAAGUCAGUUUGGAAAAAAAAUCAAAAGUUUUCAUCGAUCGCAAAAAAAUGUGGCAGCAUUUAUCCUGGUUGUUUUCCGGCCAUGGUGUUUUGUCCUAGAAUGUUGCUUGCCUUUCAGUAAAAUAUAGACUGGUUUUGAUAUAGCUUUUUAAGAAAUGAAAAAUUAGAUUUCUGUUGCACCUUAGGCUGCACAGAUUUUUUUAUACAUAUUUCUAUGUUUUCCUUAUUUUCAUACUCAAAGAAUAUUUGAUAAAUUAAUACAGAACUGAAUUUCGAGAUAAUAUUGUUCUUUUUUGGACUACUACUAGCUGUAAUAUCUUUAAAUUCACAGUAAUGUAUUUAUUAAAUGCAUAGGUUGGAAAAAGUUUUUACCUUAUUUAAAUGAUCUGAUAACUGGAAAAUGACUGCCUCAUUUUAUGGUACAUAAUUCCAUCAUUUUAUUUAUUUUUUAUCCUGUUGAAAAAUAGGUGCGUAAAAUUUUCUUUUAUUUAAAACUGGCCAAUUUAAUUAUGUUUCUACACAUGAACAAUUAAAAAUAUGCUUAUAUUUUGUGUAUUUGUGAAGUUAUUUAGUAAUCUCUGACAAAAGGAGUUUUCAAUUAUUGUAAUCAUGGAUCACUUUUUAAACAGCCUUUUUUAUUGUACAUUAUAAAUAUAAAUUAUUAUCAUUAUUUAUUUAUUAUCUUUCUUCUUUUAC